AUGCCACGCUUUCAACAUCUCCUCUUUUUGGGCGAUCCUCCUCCUUUUGCGGUGUGGAACGAAGAAAUUAUUUCCAAUGAGCUCUCUGAGGACCAUUUUGAACCAAAGAUUCACUGCGAGAGCCACAGACAGGAGGCCGACGUCCCAAGAGGCUCGAGUCCACAUAAGGAAAAGAAAAGGAAUCUCAAGAAGAAGAAGAAAAGGUCCUCCCACUAUACUCGUGAUCAAUCCAGCAAGCCAUGUAUAGAAGAGCACAUUGAAGUGCCUGCGGAAGCACCUGUUGAAGAAGCCGCCGAAGAGCCUGCCGAAGAGCCUAACGUAGCUGAAUUUGACGGUGGGCGCUCGGAUUCAGAACAUAGCGGCGGUACGGAGCAGUAUGAUAGUGGCGAAGCCUUGUCCGAGAGGGGCUACCGGAUCCAAGUAUCGGCGAAGCAUUUGACCCUUGCCUCUCCCGUUUUUAAGAAAACACUAUUGGGCCAGUGGAAGGAGAGUGUGACUCUCUUACAAAGGGGCUCCGUUGAUAUUCCUGCAACGGGCUGGGAUAUCGAAGCAUUCUUAAUCUUGCUUCGAAUUAUACAUUGUCAGCCCAAUGAUAUACCUCGGGAGUUAUCCCUCGAGAUGCUUGCUAAAGUCGCUAUAAUAGCAGACUAUUACCAAUGCAAGGAGGCGAUGGGGCACUUCCUGGAUGUGUGGAUUGGAAAGUUAUCAUCAAUUCCGGCGAACUAUUCUCGGGAUUUAAACUUGUGGUUAUGGAUUUCCUGGGUGUUCCAACUGCCAAGCCAGUUCAAGGAAGUGACCUCGAUAGCUAUGUCGCAGAGUCCGUGUCGGAUUAGUAGCCUGGCGCUUCCAAUCCCCGAAAACAUUCUCGAUGCAAUAAAUUACGGGAGGGAGAAUGCUAUCCAAAAAUCAAUUCUUCUUCUUCAUAAGGAACAGCGGACCUUGCUAUACAACGGAAAUGGGUGCAGCUUUGAAUGCAGGUCAAUCAUGUAUGGUGCUCUCACACUGGAGAUGCAAUCAAAUGAAUUGUACUCGCCAAAGCCCGAGGCUCCUUUCCCGGGGUUGAGUUACAACGGACUCGUGCAGAGGGUGCUUUCGUUUAAAUCGCCGAAAUGGUACCGUUCGCCCUCAGGUUAUUAUAACUGCCACACUUGCCUCCAUUCCUCUUUUAACUCCCUUCUUGGCCCGUUGGAUGAAGGUAUCGGAGGGCUUGAUCUCAGCUAUUAUAUAUCUUAA